UUUUAACGUUACAUGCAUUAAAAAAUGUUAAUUGGUUUGUUGUGUGACAAAACUAAAAAAGUUUGUCAGCAUUCGCAAUGGCCUUGACGUCAUAGUUUACUACAGCUGUCAGGACUGACGCAGUGGAGUGGAAUGUAGCUUUAUGGAAGUUGUCAAAAUACAACAGAUGUAGGUGAAAAUUUGUACAAUGUCUGCUGAAUCUCCUCGUAAAUCCGUAAACCCAGCUGGAAAUGUCGUCUUGCCACAGCCAGUUAGCGACAGAUCCAUAAUUGAAAGCGUCGCAGGAUUCAUCAAUGAAGUUGUACCACAGAGUUAUUCAAGUUUGCCCCUGACUGAGGCAAGAGAAGUCAUUACAUGGGCGCGAUUUGAAAAUGCAGAUAUAAAUGAUCCAGCUUUGUAUCCAGAUUCGUCUGAUGACAGAAAUGGUACUCCACCACUGCUUCUUAUAUUGGGCUAUGGCAAUGGCAUCCAGGUCUGGGCUAUUCCAGCAAGUGGGGAAGCCAUGGAAGUGCUGUCAUGGCGUCAAGGUGUUGUUCGCACGCUUCGUAUAUUACCGACACCACAAGACUCUGACCAGUUUUCUCAUAAAAGACCUCUAAUAGCAUUAUGUGACAGUGCUGGACCUGGUCCUCAUUUUUGUUCUUUAAGUUUUAUCUCAUUGCGCUUUGGAGACCAGGUUAAAAGUAUCAAAUUCAAAAAUCCAGUGAGUGAUGUUCUAGCAAAUCGACGGUCUGUGGUUGUUACAUUUCCAGAACGUGUGGCUGUGUUUGAUGCAGCCACACUUGAGGAUCGGCUGACUGUCACUACAUGCUACCCGUGUCCUGGUCCUAAUCCAAAUCCAGUGGCACUGGGCCCCCGUUGGCUGGCAUAUGCUUCUCGACGCCUGUUACCUGCACGUCGAUCUUCUGGCGGCAGUGAGGGUGACGGUGUACAGUCCUACACUGCUGCUGUUCUUCAUGCAGCAAAAUCUUUAGGCAAAGGCUUACGUGGCUUGGGAGAAACUGUCGCCAGCAGCCUGAGUGCACAACAACGCGGUGGGGCAGGUGCUGUCGGCGUCCUAACUGCACCUUCCUCUACUACUGUUGAGAGUGGUCUCCAGCCAGGAAUUGUCACAAUAAUUGAUAUACAGGGAGCAGCGAGAGGCUGUGAUCGGGAGAGAAGCAACUCUGAGGAAGGUUCUACGGAGAACAUGGUUGCCCAUUUUACUGCUCAUAGUGAACCUGUUGUGGCUUUGGCAUUUGACUCUUCUGGUAUGCUGCUACUGACUGCCGACCGUCGUGGCCAUGACUUCCAUCUGUUUAGAAUACAGCCUCAUCCUUGUGGAUCAUCACUUGCAGCUGUACACCAUCUCUACACUUUGCAUCGUGGGGAUACCACUGCUAAGGUACAAGACAUAGCUUUUGCAACUGACAGCCGAUGGGUGGCAGUUAGCACACAUCGUGGCACAACUCACGUUUUUCCCAUCACACCCUAUGGUGGACCUGUUGGAACACGCACACAUGCUACUCCCCAUGUCGUUAAUAGACUGUCACGUUUCCACCGCAGUGCAGGAUUGACAGGUGAUGCGACAGCGACAGGGCGUAACAGCCCUGUGCCUGAAGCCGUUGCCUCGCCUCCACCGCCUAGUGUGCCAUAUAGAAAUCCUCGAUUGCCUCCGUAUCCUCAUCCUACUACAGUGCAACCUUUGGCACAGGUACGGCAGCCAUCAGGGCUCCACCCAUCAUCUGCACCUGCUUCUCCAUUGCCAAUUGGACCACAGCAGACGCAGCACCACCAACAACACCAACAGCAAGGUUAUGGCCGGAAUCCGUUGGUACGCCGCACCCACUCGGCGAGUUCUGACGAUGGGAUACCUCUCAGAGUAGCAGCUUGCUUUGCACCCCCGAGAGCAUGGCUUGCUGCUUCUCCCACUGGAGCUCGUGAAAAUCCUGGGAAGGCCAACAAACGAGCCGUAGAUUCCCUGUUUGUCAUGGCCUGUCAUGGCAGCCUUGUUGAGUACAGUUUAGAACCAAGACAUGCAUCAGCAGUUCCCAAAGAGAAGGUUUGUGAUGACACACCAAUAGAACUGAGCGUCCACGCAAAAGCUCAGUGGGUGCUCCUACGCUCAACUUUAUCUGCUGAGCUGUCUCCUCCACUACUAUCUGACAAUCCACUACUGGCACUUCCUGAACGCCCAGCUCCUCACCAUAGUAGUGACGAUGAGACAGAUGCUGAUGAACGCUGGUUGUCACAGGUUGAAAUUGUAACUCAUGCUGGACCCCAUCGUCGUCUCUGGAUGGGUCCACAGUUCACCUUCAAGACAUAUAAUGGUACACCAGGCACUCCCCUCUCUUUACUGGAGGCAGAAGCUGUGGAUAUAGGCAAUGGAACUGGAUCACGACCAGCACGAUCCAAUCCAAUGAACAUGCCCAUUUCAACUGGAGGAACUCGACCUAUAGUACCAGUGUUAAUUGAAUCAGGAUCAAGUAGUAGUUAUGAGCAGUCACCAAGAUUAAUGGAAGUGUAUGGUGGAGAUGGUGUGGAUUCAGAUGGUUCUGCAGGUCCUGGUGAAAUACAAUUAAGAGAAGAUCUAGCAGAUGCCAUGAUGGAAAGCCCUGGAGUAGCUAUUCGAGACACAGGAAGAAGAAUGGUCGUUGGAAACAGAAGCAGCCCCAUAGGCAAGAGAUGUUCAAUUCCCGUCGAAAAAAUUGUGAACCCUGUGGGAACAGUUAUAACAGUGUCCGUGCCUUCGGAUGAGGAAGGAACCACCAUGGUGUCAUAUAAAUCAGUGAGGAACGUGAAUAACAGUGGCUCUGAGGAAGAAAAUAUCAUGCAUUGGCCAACAAUAGUGAAGCCUAAUGUUCAUGAAGUAGGCGCUUGCAUUAAUGAUGCAGUUGUUGCUGUGGGUAAUAUGACUACGGACAGGGUUAACUGCAAGAAAAGUAAACAAGAGAAUCUUUCAUGUGCAUCUACUGAGAAAAAUUGUUUGCAAAUGAGAGUACAUCUGUCUGAUAAAACAUGUUUGGAAAAUGAAUUGUUGAUGAGAGAUGUGGUUAAGUCAACAAAUAACAAAAAAUCAAAGUUGAAACAAGAAUCUACAAAACAAGAAAGAAACCUUAUAGCUGGUAGUCAAAAAAAGGAAAAAAAUCACAAGCGAAUAAACUUAGAUAGUAUCACAGAAAGACAAAUGAACACUGAUAGCAUGGAUUUUAAUAUGAAAUCAAAGAAAAAUUGUGUGAUGGAUUCUCAUACUACAUCAAAAUAUUGUAAUGAAGAAUGUAGUCAAACUAUUGAGAUGUUGGAAGUUACAGAUACUGACAGUCCUGCCUUGGAGAAUGUAAAAACAAACAUUGUUGCUAAAAAAGAAAAUGAGACCUCUGAUGCAAGGAAAAAAAAUUCAGAGACAACUCAAAAUAGACAGGCAACUGAAGAAGUUAAUGAUUCAUAUCUUGCACCUGUAAAGCAAGAAGAUAUUUUGGUACAUAGCAGUAAAGAGGAAUAUUUUUGUAACUUAAAAUCACAGAUACAGCUUGAAAACAAGUCCACACUUCCAAGUUUAGAUUUAAGAAAUUCAAGUUUUGGUGAUAUUCACAGUUCUGUUUCUACAUUCAAAACAGAAUUCAGCAGCAGUGUUGGGCCUUCUGCUGCCAAAGUAGGUUCUCGUAAAAGCCAGACUGAUUCCACAAAGACAGAAACUGAGUCUCAGGUGUUAAAUCUGGAGGACAGAAAUAUUUCAACUAAUAAAACUGUGGAAGUUCCUUCUCCAAAGUUAUGGAGCAAAAUUGUAGCUACACCUCCCAAAGAUAAGCAAUACUGUCAGCCAGGUAAAUCAGAUAGUUCAGGCUCGUCUACAAAAUUAGAAAACAGUGACAGCACUACAGGGGAAGCAGUUUCUUUAAAAGCAGAAAAAUGUGAUUUCACAAAUAGUUCACCACCACCUCAAAAGAGUUGGUCCCCAGUUUCUAAUGUCAAAGAAAUAAAUACUGAAAUUCUAACUCCAGAUGGAAUUACACAGAAGCAACUGGUAUCCAAUAACUCACACUUUGAAGAUAUUUCUGAUCAUACCUUCAAGAAGAAAGUUGUCACAACUUCUUUAUCUCUUAUUGACACUUCAGAAUCUAUAGAUGAUAGUAUCACACUAAGAGAUGAUUACAAUGAUUGUGUAAAAGAGCCAUCAGGGCUGGUCCCAGAUAAUUUGGAAAAAACACUCUUUCCCCAUAAGAUUGAUUCCCAGGUUGAAUCAGUGUCAGAGAGUGUAAUUUUUAAUGACGAUGAAGUGGGAAGUGAUACUGGAAAUACUUCUUCACAGUCAAUAAAGAAAAGUCGCCGGUCUAAGAAAAAGAGAAGAUAACUGAAGGAAAAGUAAUAAUGAAAAAUUCUAUUAUAGUGUCUGACUUCGAUCUUGAGGUUGUGAAAGCUAAACUUGCAGUUAGCCAAAUCUGAACUGAGAUUACAUUAGUCAGAUAAGUACAGUGCCUAGGCAAUAAUGUCAGUUUAGUUGAUAGAUUUUUAUUAUUAUUUAUUUGUUGCUAUGUACUUGCAAGUGCUUGUACAUUAAACAAUGAUAUAUUAUGUGGCUGUUCACUUGACAAAGAAUGUGUGAGUUUAUUCAUGAUGACUGUUGUAUCUAAUACAAUACUCAUUUGUAAAAUAAUUGUUUUUGCAGACAAUGCAGAGUAGUUAGUCACUAUAUUUAUUUUAAUGUAGAAAUAUGUUUCACUAUCACUCAUUGCAGUAUUAUUGCCAUAUUUAUUUACAGGCAGCUCUAUGAAAUAUUUACUUUAAAAGUAACGUCUUGUUUGACAUCUUGACAAAAAAA